AUUUUCAUCUCAACAAUUAACUAAAUUUACACAUUGGACUAUUUUCAUCUUGGUUUGGGAUAUUUAAUUGUUAUAAUUUAAAUUAAAUCGUCGCGAAAUAUCAAAAAUUUAAGUGCCUUACAACAAACAAUAUGAAAAUUUGUUCAAUCAUUUUUGAGCAUCCUCAUCACCUUAAUUGCCAUUAAUUUAAUUUACAACAAUUUACCUUCAACAAUUAAUCAACAACUGAAACGUUUUUAAAUUUAAUUUAAAUAAUCAUGAUUUCGUGCAACUAUUUAAGGCUCGAUAUGUUACAAUUAACUAAAGGCCAACAACAAUUAAGGCCAAUGCUUUCAGUGAUUAAGCUUCUUUGGAUGUUAAUUUGUUUACAAUUAACUUUAAAUCCUAAUAAUAUUUUUGUCAAAUCAGAUCAAUUAUCAUCAACUCCAUCUCCAUCCUCAUCCUCAUCAUCUUCAUCAGAUUCAUCAUCAUCUUACUCAGCUGAUCUGUGUUACCUUAAAGAUGGCGGAUCAUCACAAACAUUUACCGUUAAUGAAGCAACUCCAAUUAAUUCAGUAAUUGGAACUCUCCAGGUUAUUGGAAAUGUAUCUACAUCUUCGGAGGCGGAAAGUGAAAUCGAGCUUAGUUUAGCUCCGCAUCAUUCAGCUAACAGGUUGGAAAGCGGUGAUAUACCAAUAAGAAUUGAACCAAGAACCAAAGAUUUAAUUCUUAUCCGUAAAUUGGAUAAAGAAUCAAGUGAAGGUGAAUCAGGAAUUGUGAUUGGUGUUAAAUGUAGAAAAAGAUCUCAAUCAACUGAUCCAUCAAUCAUAAUACCAGUUCGAAUAAUUGUCACCGAUGCCAAUGAUCAUGCACCCGAAUUCAUAGGUACUCCUUAUAUUGUAAACAUUUCGGAAGUAACUGUACCUGGAUCAUCACUUUUCCCUGGCCACCGAAUCCGAGCCAACGAUGGCGAUUCACAGGGUCCAUUUAGUACAGUCGAGUAUUCAAUUGAAACCGGACCCUUUUCCCAUCUUGUCGCUUUCAGGGGUAGACUAGGCGGUGAUCUAGUGUUGACCGGCCCUUUAGAUUAUGAAACAUUACCCAAAUUUUGGGUAACAAUUAGAGCUCAGGAUCAAGGUGAACCUCCUUUAAGUGCAACAACAACUCUCACUGUGAUAGUAAACGAUGCCGAUGAUCAAAAUCCCCGUUUUCUUGAUGAUAAAUAUUCCCUUGUACUUCCUGAUAAUGUUCGUGAAGGUCAACCCUUAGGAAUCAAACCAAAACCUAUUAGAGCGGUUGAUCCAGACACAGAGAUAAAUUCACCCAUUGAAUAUUCAUUUAACUCUGAUUCAAGGGAAUAUUCAUAUUUUCUAAUUGAUCCUAAAUACGCUACGAUAAAGGUUAAAAGGCCACUUCCACCAACCGUAACGUUACCUUUAACCUUAGUGAUUAGAGCGACACAAACAGAUAAUCGUGAUCGUUAUGCCUUAACAACUGUGACAAUUUUAUCUCGCCGAGAAUCAAUUCUUCCUGAAAUACGUUUCACUAAAUCAAAUUAUUCCGUCUCAGUUUUAGAAAAUGUUCCUCUCGGCUCAGUCCUUUUAACCAUUGGUAUAUCAGGGCGACCUGCAACAACAGAGGUCAUCGAAUCAACUAAUCGACCAGCAUCAUCAUCAUCUUCAUCCUCUUCCACUUCUACUUCCACUUCCUCUUCCUCAGGUUUAACCUAUCAAUUAUUGGACGAUGAAGGUAAUCAUUUUGGAAUCCGAUCCAAUGGUGAAAUUAUUGUUAAAAAACCUUUAGAUUAUGAACUAAGACCUUGGUACUCGUUCCGUGUAAUGGCCUCCGAUGGAAAACAAAGUGAUGUUACUCGUGUAAACAUUUCAUUGAUCAAUGUAAACGAUCAUGAUCCACAAUUUUCUCUAUCACAUUAUACAUUCUUUGUCAACUCAGAAUCUGGACUUCGCAGUCGAUCAAUAAUCGGUGAAGUAAAAGCAACCGAUAAAGAUACAGGGGACACUCUAGAUUUUACGGUUAAAGGUCCAUUUGCACGUUCAUUUACCAUCGAUAGAAAUGGUAAAAUAUCAAUAACCUCUCUUAAAGGUUUAAAUACAAGUCAAGCUCAUCUAAUUGUAAUGGCCUCUGAUUCGGGUUCACCACCACGAUCAUCAAGUGUCCCAGUUACCGUUCAAUUUUCACCGAAUCUACUUAAAACGGGAUUAGCUCGAGCCAUUGGUGAUCCAAGUGAAUCAACUGAUCCCGAUUUACUUGGUGAUGUUGAAGAUAUCGAUGGUCGUGCCCGAUCAUCCGGUGUUAAUAUGUCUUCUCUUUUUAAUACAACCGGACAUUCAGCGAUUGUCCUUGUUAUCGUUUUAGGUGUUCUUUUAGCGACACUUUUCAUCAUUAUCAUCACAUUAACAGUUCACCUUGUUCGCCAUAGGAAAUUAAAUGAUGUUCACUCAUCAUCUGGACUAUCAUCAACAUCAACUGAUUCAUGUGCCUCAUCAACCGAUUCAGGGCAUCUUCAUCCACCACCACCUCCUACCUCACUUUCCUCGCAUCAUCUUCAUCAUCAUCAUCAUGUCUCAUCUCUUCAUCAUCCAUCAUCAGGAAUCUAUGGUAAAAUUGAUGCUCCCUCACCUCGAGGAGGUUUUUCCAUUUCUUCAUUAGCCAAAAAAUCAUCUAAAGUUAGUCCAUCAGAUACAAUAAUCAACGAUUCAACUAACCUAUUCGGUCCCACCUCAACAUUACCCACUGGUGGUUUAUUAUCAACCAAUGGAGUUGAAAAUCCAAUUUUCAACCUAUCCAAUGGCGGUGGUAAUAAUAAUACCAAUACUUUACCAAAUAAUCUUACCUCUCGUUAUUAUGGUGACAAUCGUUCAAUAGGACAUGGACCAUCUUCUGGCUCAGGUAAAUCUGAUCCAGAUUCAGCUAUAGUCAGUGAUGCAUCUUCAUCAAACGAUGCCCCACACAAUGGGUCAAAUUCAUCAUCUGCAUCAACCUCAUCAACAUCAUCCAAUUCAUCAACACACCGCCAGCAAAAGGAAACAUCAGAUUCAAUAGUUGAUUUAACCUCACCCGAAUCUCAUCUUCAUCACCAUAAUCAUCAUCAACUUUCACACCAACAACAACAACAACAUCAUCAUCAUCAUAACAAUAAUGAUAAUCGAUCUCUAAGUCCUCCUCCACCUCCAUCAAUAACUUGUACCACAACCGGAACAACGGGAGGAGGAACCGCAUCAAGAAUAUCGUUAAUUAAAUGGCCACAAGGUUCAAUACCUCGAAGAGUUAAAAAGUUAACCUGGGAAGAUGAAAGAUUUGGCUAUAAUACGAUAAUCAAUUAUGCCAAUAUUAAUAAAUCAACUUCCAACAAUCACCGUACCCAUGGUGUUAGUAACAAUAGUUCAUUUGAUUCAACAUCGGCAAACGAUUUCGAGGAAUCAAAUAAAAAUGUUUAUCAUUCAUUUGCUGCCACAAAUAAUAACAACAACAAUAAUAAUAAUACUUUUGGAAGACGAAACAAUUCAUCCAAUGAUUCAAACGGAUUAAGAUCAUCAGAUGAUUUUCGAAGGACAGAAUUGGAUCCCGAUGUAAGUGUUACACCUUUUAGAAGGUCAACAUUUUUAGGUCAAACACAUCACCACGGACUAUCAUCGAAUAACGAACCAAAGGCCAAUCUACCCGAUUUAACUGUUUACUUUUGAAACCAUUCAAAAUUCAAAAGUAUCAAGAGAAAAUCAGUUGAGAUAUAAAAGUAAACAAUUAACUCACAAAUUAUUAUUUCCUCUCCAUCAUCAUAAAUGUCCAGUCUCACCAAAUUUCUCAAUACUGACCAAUUGAAUGAUGUCCACUGAUCAUUGGACAAUUUAACAUCUCGUACGGGAUUGGACUUUUCUAUCAAGUUCCAAGAAGUCUCCCUAAUUGAGAAGACAAUUAAGAAAUAAUGGAAAGCAACAAUUAAGAGUUUAAAUUGUCAUCUCAACAAAAAGUUACUUAGUUAUCAUCACAACAAUUUAAUGAUAAAAUCUUUUUUUUUCCUGUAAAUAUAAAAAAAAACUAUUACUACCUAACUCUCCCUAAUUGAGAAGACAAUUAAGAUUGAAACAAUUAACUAAUCAACUUCUCUUAACACCCUUUGUAAAUAACAAAAAACUAAAGUUUAUUAUUAAACAGACAAAAUUAUCAAA